UCUGUAGUGUUUUGGGUUUUUGUUUUUUGAUAUUUUUUUUUUAACUACAAAAAAAUACAAACUUUUCUGAGGCACUCAAUUUUGUUGCCAAAUGCAAGGCAUGGCAGGGUAGCAUCUGGCAGACCAGCCAAGUGGAUAGACUUGAGAGGCUUCAGAUUUUCCAAAUAUUGUGUACAAAACGAUGAACCCCUUCUCGCCCCUGAAACGCUGCAGAGCAGGCAGGCCAUCUGAGAAGUAAGAAAAGGGUGCUGCAGAGUAAUUGUUUGUUUAUUUAUUCAUGUAUUCAUUUAUUUCAAGGAGUAAGAGUUAGCUUGUAGGGCAAUAAAAAGAGGAGGGAGUCUGUUGCAGUGGUUGGGUAGCAGCAGGAGGAAAGGAGAAGGACAGUCUUGCUCCAUGACUUCUAGAAAUCAUGAGGCAGAGGGUAUUAGAAUCAUGAGGCAAACAGUGACUCAUUUUUGUGACUGAUUUGUCUAACCCCCUCAAUGCGUCGUCGUCUGAGAGCAGAUCGGUAGCAGCCUAACAUGACCGACCAGAGGGAAAACAAUGGAAGGUGAGCAGCUGCCCUGCUGCGUGCUGACAUGAUGACCGCUAGCGAGGCAGCCGAUGUGAGCAGCAAGUCUGAAAGCAGUGUCUGCAAGUCUGUUGAGAGGAUCAAGGUUGCAAAUAAAAACAAUACAGCUGCUGUGAAGGAGUUAGAAAGAUUUUUGUUUGUGUUUUCGAGUGAGAGAUGUUCUGAAGGUGCUUCUUUCGCCCAGAGUUUAACACCUGAAGCUGAACCAGUUUCUUCUGUGGUGAAGAACCCACUGGGAGCCUUGGAGAACUUGAUGCUGGAUCCAAGGCUAGACUGCUUUCAGCAGAACAUGCUUAGUCCCAAAAUGAUCAUCAGUGACCCAUCUGUGGAUCUGAAUAUUAAAGAAAACAGUAAAACCAUCAGGAGGCAGAUAGGAGGCACUCAGAACAUAAGGUCACCUGGAAAAAUUGGCUUGAGGAAUAAGUCCUUCAGCAUCAAGGACAAAAUUUCAGAAUGGGAAGGAAAAAAGGAAACACCCUCUGCUCCUGCCACUCGCAAAGAGGAGGAGCAAGGAGUUAAAGAGGAGCACAAAACACCCUGUGUAAUUGAGAAGACAAGUGGGAUAGCAUUGGUAACUCGUAAAGUGGAGACCAAGAGACUUCUGAACUGGGAACUGGAGUGCAAAGAGAUGGGCAAAGGGAAUGAGCGGAAAGUAGGAACUCCGAAAAGCACGGGGCAGGGAACAGAGCAAAAGGGGGAAACAGAGAAGGGUGAGGAAGUGGAGUCCAGUAUUGGAAAAUGCAAAGAGGUAAAAGGUGGGAAAUGGGAGGUCCAGAAGGAGAAUCUUUCGGUGCUCAGCCAGGUGAAAAAGCUGGAGCAGGCUCUGAAGGAUGGCUCAGCAGAGCUGCAGCCUCAGUUGCCUGGUACUUACUACUCCCCACAAUGCCUGCAGGAGAAGACAGCACAAGGACACACUAACCCUGAGGGCCAUGAGAGUGCAUGUGGGGCUGAGCUCAACAAAAGGCUCCUUGGCUGCGACUCUGAAAUCAGUGAGCCGAUUUUUGGGACUCUAGAAGAAGUAAGAACUUCUCAGGCAAAACACAAGGACUGCACUGUGGAGAAUGUGUACACAGAACCAGGAGUGCCAGAGAAGAAACCCUUCAUCAACCCGCUGCCAAAGCCCCGACGGACUUUCAAACAUGAGGGGGAAGAGGACUGGGUACCAGCAGUUAGGAAUAAAAGAAACUUACCCCCUCUGCCAUCCAUUCCUCCCCCUCCUCUUCCUUCCUCUCCUCCCCCAUCAGCUGUCAGCAGAAGACUCUGGAAUGGGAAGCACAAGAACAACGCUGACCACAGGAAGUCAUAUGAGUUUGAAGACUUGCUGCAGUCAUCAUCUGAGAACGGCAGGGUGGAUUGGUACGCGCAGACCAAGUUGGCCCUCACACGCACUUUAUCUGAGGAAAACGUCUAUGAAGACAUACUGGAUCCACCGUCAAAGGAAAACCCCUACGAAGACAUUGAGACCAACAGCCGUUGUUUGGGGAAGAAAUGUGUCCUGACCUUCCCAGCAUCCCCCACCUCUUCUGUACCUGGGACCCCAACUAAGUUACUUUCGAAGCCCAUUUUUUUCCGACAAAGCUCAGAGCGCCGGAGUUUCAAACUGCCAGAUAUACGGAAACUGAGCCGUGAUGGAACUGGGUCACCAUCCAAAAUCAGCCCUCCCUCGACCCCCAGCAGUCCAGAUGACACUUUCUUCUCCCUGGGAGACCCUCAGAAUGGCAAAAGGAGAAGGAAGAUUCCCAAGCUUGUGUUGAAAAUCAAUGCUAUUUAUGAGGCACGAAGGGGAAAGAAACGUGUCAAGAGACUAUCGCAGUCUACAGAGAGCAAUUCAGGGAAAGUUACAGAUGAAAACAGUGAAUCAGACAGUGAUACUGAAGAGAAGCUGAAAGCUCACAGCCAGCGUCUGGUCCAUGUGAAAUCUCGCCUGAAGCAAACCCCACGGUACCAAACCUUGGAACGGGACUUGAUCGAGUAUCAAGAGAGGCAGCUGUUUGAGUACUUUGUUGUGGUGUCACUGCACAAGAAGCAGGCCGGGGCUGCCUAUGUCCCUGAAGUUACCCAGCAGUUCCCAUUAAAGCUUGAACGCUCAUUCAAAUUCAUGCGUGAGGCAGAAGACCAGUUGAAAGCUAUUCCCCAGUUUUGCUUCCCUGAUGCUAAGGACUGGGCCCCCAUCCAUCAGUUUGCCAGUGAGACAUUCUCAUUUGUCCUGACUGGGGAAGAUGGGAGCAGGCGGUUUGGAUACUGUCGGAGGUUGCUGCCCACUGGGAAAGGGAAGCGUCUCCCAGAAGUUUACUGUAUUGUGAGUCGUCUUGGAUGCUUCAACCUCUUCUCUAAGAUCUUGGAUGAGGUUGAAAAGAGACGGGGCAUUUCACCAGCGUUGGUGCAGCCCCUCAUGAGGAGUGUCAUGGAGGCACCUUUCCCAGCUUUGGGCCGGACGAUUACAGUCAAGAACUUCUUGCCAGGCUCAGGGACAGAGGUAAUCGAGCUGCGGCGGCCUCUCGACUCCAGGCUUGAGCACGUUGAUUUUGAGUCCCUGUUCACGUCCCUCAGCGUGCGGCACCUGAGCAGAGUCUUCGCUUCCCUGCUUCUGGAAAGGAGGGUGAUCUUUAUUGCUGACAAGCUCAGCACUCUCUCGAAGUGUUGCCACGCCACGGUGGCCCUCCUGUACCCCUUCACUUGGCAGCACACCUACAUCCCUGUGCUGCCGCCUUCCAUGAUCGAUAUUGUGUGCUCGCCCACCCCCUUCCUCAUCGGCCUGCUCUCCAGCUCUCUGCCUCGCCUGAAGGAGCUCCCAGUAGAGGAGGUCCUUGUGGUUGACCUCGUAAAUAACCGGUUUCUGAGACAGAUGGAAGAUGAGGACUCCAUUCUGCCUCGUAAGCUGCAGAGUGCCUUAGAGCACAUCUUGGAGCAGAGGAACGAGCUGGCGAGCGACAAGGAGGAAGGCUCUGUGAAUGGCAAGCAGGAAUCCAGCCCUUUGAACGAGGUGGUGUCUGAGGCCUUUGUCCGUUUCUUUGUGGAAAUCGUGGGCCACUACUCCCUCUUCCUGACGCCCAACGAGCGAGAGGAGCGGACUUUGCAGCGCGAGGCCUUCCGGAAGUCUGUCUCCUCCAAGAGCCUCCGACGCUUCCUGGAAGUCUUUAUGGAGACACAGAUGUUUGGGGGCUUCAUUCAAGAGCGGGAGCUGCGGAAGCAGGGGGUCAGAGGUCUGUUUGAGGUACGGGCUCAGGAGUACCUGGAAACACUUCCCAGUGGGGAGCAGAGUGGAGUCAAUAGGUUCCUGAAAGGACUAGGUAGCAAAAUGAAAUUCCUCCACAAAAAAUAAGAGUGAAGCACAUGCUCAUUCCAUAGAAGAGAAGGGCUUUACCAUUUAACAGGAACAAAUUGGACUGUUACCAACCAUUCCCAUUUGGCCUGCUCCCAGGGACCAGCAGCCUUGGGUGAGCUGGCCCCCCAAGGCAGGAGGAGGCCAGGAUGUGCUCACGCAGGCGUGUGGUGCCAUAAGAAGAUUUGAUGACCGCAGAGCUGCCUGGACAAGUCUCUGGAUUUCUACAGUACCAUGCACUGGACCAAGCGCUCUCUGAACUCUGCACUAGCAUGUUGCAGAUGUCCCGGCUGAUUGGAUCUCUUAGCUAGUCAAUUCUUUAUUUUGUUGUAUUUUCCUAUUUAUAUUGGGGUUAGAACAAAUAUUAACCAAUGACUCUUGCCCUGCCUCCUCUCCGCAUGGUGUUACGGGAGGCCAGAAUGGGACUCCCACAGGGACUGAGCAGAGCACAAACACCAAGGAGGGGAGGAAAGAGGAGAUGUAUGGAAACAGGUCUUUGCCAAAUGAGGACACUGAGGACCGCAAGGAUGCAGACUGACUAGGAAGAGCUUACGAGCAGGGGGAACGGGUGAGGGGGAACCACUAAAUCUACUGAGGACUUGAUCGGCCAGCCUGCUAUCGGGGUGACUGUGCCAGGGGGUCCUGGCACAAGGAGAGGCCUUUCCUUAUGCAAUGUAAUUAAAAGUGAGUGGUGUAAAAGGUAUAUGGCACCUUGGGUAUUCUUUGGGGAGAGCUGUGUGUCUGCCCACUCGCCCCUCUGGGGCUGAGCAUGGGCUGGAGGAGACAUCUAGAGGCCGAGCCCUCGGCUUUACCGUAUCCACGUGCCUUGGUGGCAGGUGGGCCUUGUUUCUCUCACCUGGGCUGCUUGCAGGCGGAGCCGAAAAUGGAGCUCUCUUGCCAGGGUCUUGCCUCUGAGACCAGCUUCCAGAUGGUCAGACAGAAACUCCAGCUUCUGAGCGUUGCUGCUGAUCAGCUCAGGCAUUAGCAGGCAGCUGGUAAUGUCUCUCCAGCAGUGUUAGAAAACAUGAUGAUGCUAGGUAAGGCUGGUUAGAAUAAAAAUCAGGAAAAAUCAGGACAUCAGCUCUAGCAGGAAACGCUUGAUGAGAGGAGCUAUUUGAAGGUGCAGUCUGGAGGAGCUCCUGUGGUUGCUGCUUGUCCUCAUUCACUGGGGCAAUUUUGAAGCCAUAUCUCUGGCUAAUUGAAGCCGUGAGAGGAAGGAAACCCUACCCAAUGCCUGCUCCUCCAAACUGCUUGGGAGAAGCAGCAAGCAGGAGGAGUGUGGCUGCU